CGCAAACAGCAGCAGUGUGACCACGCGUGGAGGAAGUGCAUUGACAUCUCUUGCAGCCACAAUUCAGAGAGCCUCACAGGACCGGCUAAACUGUGCUUUAUUCUUUCCACUGGACAUGUCGUGGUUGUUUGGUCUGAACAAGGGGCAGCCCGAGCCCCCGAGUGUACCCGGUCAGCCGCCGCCUCCUCCGCCACCACCAGCUGGAGGUUCAGGGAGCGGGGGAGAUAAACCCAAGGACAAAUGGAGUAAUUUCGACCCUACGGGGCUGGAGCGAGCUGCUCAGGCAGCCAAAGAGCUCGACAAGUCCCGUCAUGCCAAAGAGGCCCUUGAUUUAGCCCGUAUGCAGGAGCAGACCGCACAGUUGGAGCAUCAGACCAAAAUUAAGGAGUAUGAAGCUGCAGUGGAGCAACUCAAAGGGGACCAGAUAAAACUCCAGGGAGAGGAGAGAAGAAAAACACUGAACGAGGAGACGAGACAACACCAAGCUCGAGCCCAGUACCAGGACAAGCUGGCCAGACAGCGAUAUGAGGAACAACUCAGACAGCAACAACUUCUCAAUGAAGAGAACCUCCGUAAACAGGAGGAGUCUGUGCAGAAGCAAGAAGCCAUGAGAAAAGCAACAAUUGAACAUGAGAUGGAGCUGAGACACAAAAAUGAACUUCUGCGAAUAGAAGCCGAAGCAAAAGCAAGAGCUCGAGUAGAAAGAGAGAACGCUGAUAUUAUUCGUGAACAGAUUCGACUGAAGGCUGCUGAACACAGACAGACUGUGCUGGAGUCCAUAAAGACUGCGGGCGCUGUGUUUGGAGAAGGAUUUCGUGCUUUUGUAUCCGACUGGGACAAAGUUACAGCCACGGUUGCAGGACUGACUCUUUUAGCUGUAGGAGUUUAUUCAGCCCGUAAUGCAACAGCAGUGGCUGGACGCUACAUUGAAGCAAGACUUGGGAAGCCAUCACUUGUGCGAGAGACGUCUCGUUUCACUGUUGCUGAGGCAGCCAAACAUCCAGUGAAGACUGCCAGGCGGUUGAAAAGUAAACCUCAGGAUGCACUAGAAGGAGUUGUCCUCAGUCCAUCUCUAGAAGAGCGUGUGCGUGAUAUCGCAAUAGCCACAAGAAACACAAGGCAAAACCAUGGCCUCUACAGAAACAUCCUGAUGUAUGGCCCUCCAGGAACAGGCAAAACCCUCUUUGCUAAGAAACUGGCAAUGCACUCUGGAAUGGACUAUGCCAUUAUGACUGGUGGUGAUGUUGCACCUAUGGGUCGCGAUGGGGUAACUGCGAUGCACAAAGUAUUUGACUGGGCCAACACAAGUCGCCGUGGGCUGCUACUUUUUGUUGAUGAAGCUGACGCAUUCCUUCGUAAGCGAUCCACGGAAAAAAUUAGUGAAGAUCUAAGGGCGACACUCAAUGCUUUCUUGUACCGAACAGGUGAACAGAGCAACAAAUUUAUGUUGGUGCUGGCUAGUAAUCAGCCAGAGCAGUUUGACUGGGCCAUAAAUGACAGAAUAGAUGAAAUUGUGAAUUUUGCCCUACCUGGUCCUGAUGAGAGGGAGAGGCUGGUGCGCCUCUAUUUUGACAAAUAUGUGCUUGAACCAGCUACUGGGGGCAGACAGAGGAUGAAGCUUGCUCAAUUUGACUACGGUAAGAAGUGCUCUGAGAUUGCUGCCCGGACAGAAGGCAUGUCCGGACGUGAGAUCUCUAAACUCGGAGUGGCUUGGCAGGCCGCAGCCUAUUCCUCUGAAGAUGGCGUCCUGACAGAGGCAAUGAUUGAUGCCCGGGUGGACGAUGCUGUCAAACAACAUCGUCAGAAGAUGGACUGGCUUUAUGCUGAAGAGGAGGCAAAGACCCUGACCCCCCCAAAACCUGAGGGGUCAGCGAGUGGGGGAAAGAUGGGCUUCGCUCUGCCGCCCUCUGAGGCUCCUCAAGCUCAAGAAGUGAUUGCUCCAGUCCUCAAUGUGACCCCACCUCCUCUUGUAACAGAGGACCUCAGCCACCUCACUGUAACACCACCUCCUGCUGCUCCUCCAUCAGAAAGCCUCACACCACCUGUGUCAGAGAACCUAACUCCAGCUCCACCUGUGGCAGAGGACCUCACGCCUCCACCUGUGGCAGAGGACCUCACGCCUCCACCUGUGGCAGAGGACCUCACGCCUCCACCUGUGGCAGAGGACCUCACGCCUCCACCUGUGGCAGAGGACCUCACGCCUCCACCUGUGGCAGAGGACCUCACGCCUCCACCUGUGGCAGAGGACCUCACGCCUCCACCUGUGGCAGAGGACCUCACGCCUCCACCUGUGGCAGAGGACCUCACCCACCUAACUGCAACAAUGCCACCUCCAUCUCCUGCAGUAGAGGACCUCACCCACCUAACUGCAACAAUGCCACCUCCAUCUCCUGCAGUAGAGGACCUCACCCACCUCACUGCAACAGUGCCACCUCCUUCUCCUGCAGCAGAGGACCUCACCCACCUCACUGCAACACUGCCACCUCUUCCUCCUGCAGCAGAGGACCUCACCGCUGCUCCCGCGUCAGAGGACCUCACCGCUGCUCCCGCGUCAGAGGACCUCACCGCUGCUCCCGCGUCAGAGGACCUCACCGCUGCUCCCCCCGCGUCAGAGGACCUCACCGCUGCUCCCCCCGCGUCAGAGGACCUCACCGCUCCCCCCGCGUCAGAGGACCUCACCGCUCCCCCCGCGUCAGAGGACCUCACACCUUCCCCCGUGUCCGUGGAGGACAGCAGUGCCACUAAAGAUGGACAAGUCAAAACUGAAAAUGUAGUAAAAGCUGAGGCAAAGCCUCUUGAACAGCCCACUGCUCAAAUUGAGGACCGGCUUGAACAGAAGGACUUUCCCAAACCUCCAAAAGAUGGAACUCCAGUUUAGACCUAUAGGCAGAAGACUAGCUA